UUUUUAGGUAAUUUAAUUACAGUUACUUAUAAUGUACUUGCGUUACAUAUUGUAAAUUGGUUCAACAGUUCUAAUUUAAUCAUUAUUUAAUUUUAAAUAAAAAAAAUUCUUCUAAAGGAAAAAAGUGAACGCGGUCUCUUUAAAAUCGUUAGCCGUAGUGCAGCUGCGCGUGAUUUCGCAGCUUCGCGCGCCAGUUUGCUUUGCUGCGUAGUCGCUUAAGUGGAAGAUGUCGGCAGAGGCGAGUGGCUGUUUUACCAAAUGGAAAUAUUCCAAUUACUUUACUUUUUUGACACAGGCAGACAAGAACAUUACGGUAAAAUGCAAGCUAUGUCCUGGGGAGAAAAAACUAUCGGCCGCUGUUAACAGCACAAGUAAUCUUCUGAAGCACCUGACAAGGCAGCAUAGACGAACACUUUUGAGUGAUCCGUGUUCGUCGACAGAUAACACUGCGGCAACCCCUGCUAAGCAAGCAAAACUCGACUUUACAUCGCCAGUGCAGAAGGUGUCUGAAGGUGAGCUUAAAAAAAUGAUUGCAGGCUACGUAGUGGAAGAGAUGCUCCCGCUGCGUACUGUUGAAUCUCCGUCUUUUAGGCUCAUAUUAAGUAAAAUCCCUGUGUCUGGCAAAAAAGCAGCCCUGCCAGAUCGAAAAACGUUUUCAUCUUAUUUAGAUAAGUGCUACACCGACAUGGAAACUGAGCUUAAACAGACAUUCGAGAGUUUGGAAUAUAUUUCCACGACUGCCGACAUUUGGACGAGCCAUAACAAAAGUUUUCUCGGUAUGACGGCACAUCGGAUUGAUCCUUUGACUUUUGCACGUGGACAUGCAGCACUAGCUUGUAAACGAGUUAGAGGGAGACACACGUAUGAUUUAAUCGGCAGUGAAAUCGAGCAAGUCCAUUCGGCUUAUGGACUUAACUCUAAAGUGACAAAAACUGUGACGGACAACGGGUCCAAUUUUAUCAAAGCUUUUAGAAUGUUCCAACAGUCAGAUUCUGAUGAGGAAUCAGACGAAGAUGAAGAGGUAACAUUUACUGAUGUUGAGCAAACUCUCCUUACAGACUUUGAUGGACAGUUUUCUCUCCCUCCACACUUAAGGUGUGCAUCACACACACUGAACUUAGUGUUUCAUGAUGUUGAGAAAUGGCUUAAAGCAAAUGAGUCCAAAAUAAUCUACAGAAGUGCUGUUUCAAAGUGUUCUGCAAUGUGGACAAAAGCAAAUCGUUCUUCUGUGGCUUCAGAGUUAGUAGAGAAUUUUUUUAAGAAAAAACUCAUAGUGCCUACUUCAACACGAUGGAAUUCAUUUCACGACGCCCUGUCCAGGAUCACUGAUAUUCCAGUUGCUGAGUUAAAUACUGUUUGCACUCAGUUUGGAAUAAAAUGCUUCACUGAUCGGGAGUAUCUGUUCUUAAAGGAAUAUUGUAUUGUGUUAAAGCCACUCACUGUAGCACUAGACAUAUUGCAAGGAGAAGAGAACUGCUAUUUUGGAACCCUUCUUCCAACUCUGGAGGUUCUAAUGUCCAGGACGCUGGCACUGCGGGAUGAUCUUAGGAUCACAGCAUCUCUCCCUGAUGUCAUUGUUCAGGCAAUCAAAGUACGCUUUUCCUCUAUGAUGGAUGAUAAAGAAGCUCUUCUGGCUGCAGUCACUUUGCCAAAAUUUAAGUUACGCUGGAUCAGAGAAGAAGGGAAAAAGACACUGUUAGGGCAAUGCUUACUACAGAGUGCCGUGGGUUGCCAACUGAAGACCCACAGUAUAAUGCACAACAUCACAACAAGCCUGCUGACUCCACUGAUGACUUUUUUUCAUUUGAGGAGGAGGAGGAUUGUGCCUACUCUGUUGAAACAGAGGUCAUGGAAUAUUUGAAAUCUGCAGGGUCUGAGCUGGGUGUUCUUAGCCAGUUUCCCAGGAUUAAAGCCAUUUCACUAAGGUACAACACAGCCACACCAUCAAGCGCCCCAGUGGAAAGGCUUUUCAGCCUGGGCAAUCUGGUGCUCACUCCCAGAAGGAACAGACUGUCAAGCAAACGUUUUGAGAGACUUACAUUAAUGAGAUACAACCACUAUUUUAAAAAUUAGGCAGCACUGUCAGCUGAGCAGUGCUCAUUGAUUUGGAAAAAAACAUUUACAGCUUGAUAUUUUUCAGAGUAAUUCUAUAUUUUUGUUAUUCAGAUGUUUUUCAGAGGAAUUCUGUUUGUUAACUAAAUGUUAAUG